AUGCGACGCGCGAGCUUAGCCGCCGGAAAAUUAGUAGUGAUGUUCUCGGUGCUCCGACGUGACGCAAGGCACUUUCUCUCGAUAGUAAUAUACGCUGUAUGCAUCUUAACAAGUGCCGCAUAUGAGGUUAGAAGCUAUGACGAAUAUAACACAACCACUUUGUUUCCUGUGAAUAAAACAUUAAAUAAAAAAGAAGUGAGCGAAGAAAUAAUUACAAUCACAGAUGAAACAAGUAAAGAACACAGAGAAUCAAAUGAAAUAGACUUAGACACAGAUAACAAACAAAUAGAAACAACUACAAAGAAAACUAAUCAAGAAAAUGUAGAUCCGAUAAAAUUUCAUAAAAGUGAAGCUACAACAUGGAAUGUAGAUGCUACUUUAACUAAUCCCAAAAUUAAAGAUGAAAAAGAAGAAAUAGAACAUACUAAUAAAAAUAAAACUGAUGACAGUAAAGUAUUUAAACCAAGUCAACAAUUAGGAAACUUUUACGAUGAAGAUGCUUUUAUUAUUCCGACAGUGAGACAUACUGAUCCAUUCACUCCUGUUAAAAGUGGUUUUAUCAGUUCACCAAACGAUUUCUACAAGCUGGAUUACAAGAAACCCAAAGAGUAUCUCGACAAGCCGUACAAAGAAAACAAUUUGUACAAGCCAAUAAAACCUGAUUAUGAUUCCAAACCAACUGUAGAAGUGCCUGUAAAGUUACCAGCUGGUUCUUUGUACAAGAAUCCAGGUCCUUUUAAAGAUAAACCAGGCUCUGAUGGGGAUGGAGAUGACUUUGGACUUGAAUUCCAUGAUGAGAAGGAAAAGGAAGUGAAGAAAUAUAAGAACCCCUGGCAGGGCCUCCUGCACCUGAUCACAGCGCUGGUGCCGGUCGGCAUCAUAGUGUCCGCCCUCACACCCAACCUCAUCGAACUGCACACCGUUGAGAAUAACCCCUAUGGAAACCAUUUCACGCGGCGCUCAGUCGGCGACAACUUGCCGCGCAUCAGCGAGCGCUGCAAGCGUAGGCUGCUCUGCGAAAUACAUUCUGAGAGAAAUUAUUUACGACAAGCAACCCCGCGACAAAAGCACUGCUAUAAAAUCCCGUGUGACGAUCCCGGCGCUAUGAACGAAGUGUUAUCCUGGUUGUUAGCUUAUCAUAGUAGUGGAAAGAGACCUUAA